UAGCAUUAUCAUAUCUCCCCGUCUAGGCGAGUGUGAGAAAUUUGAGAGAAAAUUGAGAGAAAAUUGAGAGAAAAUUGAAAAAUGGCGAAUCUGGGCGACGAAGUGAAGAACAAGCAGGUGAUUUUUCGGGAUUUUGUUAGCGGUUUCCCUCAGGAAUCCGAUUUCAUUUUUUCCAGUAGUAGCAUUAGAUUGAAGCUUCCUGAAGGCUCAAAUGGCGUAUUGCUCAAAACACUCUAUCUUUCUUGCGAUCCCUUCAUGCGAAUGCUCAUGGAAAGUCGCCCCGCUGCAAUUUCUUAUUCUCCUGGCUCGUUGCUAUUUGGGUUUGGAGUAGCCAGAGUUCUGGAGUCUGCACACUCGAAUUUCAAGGAAGGUGAUCUUCUUUGGGGAAUGUUGAAAUGGGAAGAAUACUCUGUCGUUGAGGAGCCUGAAAAACUCUUCAAAAUCCAGCAUACGGAUGUGCCCCUCUCAUAUUAUACUGGAAUUCUUGGCAUGCCUGGUAUAACUGCUUAUUUUGGAUUUCAUGAUAUAUGCUCCCCCAAGAAGGGAGAAUACGUGUUUGUAUCAGCAGCUUCUGGUGCUGUUGGUCAACUUGUUGGCCAAUUAGCAAAAUUGAUGGGUUGUUAUGUUGUUGGGAGUGCUGGAAGCAGAGAGAAGAUUGAGCUGCUGAAAAACAAGUUCGGAUUUGAUGAGGUUUUCAACUACAAGGAAGAACGCGACUUAAAUGCUGCACUAAAGCGAUGCUUCCCUGAAGGUAUCGAUAUUUACUUCGAAAAUGUAGGAGGGAAGACGCUCGAUGCUGUGCUUUUAAACAUGAGACCUCAUGGUCGGAUUUCUGUAUGUGGAAUGAUAUCUCAAUACAAUCUUGGUCAGUCUGAGGGUGUGCAUAAUCUCUUGCGUCUCGUGACUGAGCGGAUUCGCAUGGAAGGUUUCGGUGCUCCCGAUUAUUUCCAUCGCUAUGCCGAGUUCUUAGAAGCAAUGCUGCCUUAUAUCCGAGAAGGGAAAAUAACAUAUGUCGAGGACACGGUUCACGGCCUUGAGAGCGGACCAGCAGCUUUGAUUGGACUCUUUAGUGGUCGCAAUGUUGGGAAACAAGUAGUUGCCAUUUCCUCAGAAUGAUUCUGGUGCUGUUGGUUUCUUCCGUAAUCCUUUCUCAUUCCAUUUGGGUCUCAGGUCUCGUAUUGAUCUUCAAAUGAACCAUACAUAAACUAGUUUCUAUCUCCACAAAGAGCGCCAGGUAUUUCAUUACUAUCAUGCUGUAUAAUAUAUGAACAAUAAGGCAGAUGAUUGGUUUGUGUAAUGCAGCUGUGUUUGAGUAAUGCAAGUAGUCUUGUUUUCAAUGUACUUGCCAUUUAGUCA